AUGUCAACGGGUGAGCUCUCGGCGGAAGCCGCCGCCUACUUUGAGGAAAAGCAUAUUAAUUCUCUGCUGGAGGAACUGUUUCACGAUGUCGUGUUACACCUUCCUGAUGAUCCUUUGCAGUUUCUGCUGCACGCGCUUGACAGAAAGACAACCCUGCGUCUCCUGUUGCUGGGACCGUCCAGCUGUGGCAAGCGCACGCAGUCUCGACGCAUCGCCCAAAAGUAUGGUGUCGUCAUCAUCAACGCUGAUGAUGUCUUUCGUGAAGAAAUAUCGAGAAAAACAGAAUCGGGCGAAAAACUAGCGAGCUGCAUGCAGGAGGGCUUGCCGAUGCCUAGUGAUAUUGCAUCCGAGCUUAUUAUACGUCGUCUGCAGGAGGAGGAUAGUCGUAGUAGAGGAUGGGUGCUUAACGGUUUUCCACGAACGCGAUCCGAGGCACUGCGCUUGCAGGCCGCAGGAAUUUCACCAAUUCUAUUUAUUCUGCUGGAUGUUUCUUCUGAGGUGGCGGUGCGACGGUGCGAUGGACGUCGAUAUGACCCCCUCACACAGAACGUUUACCACAUGGAGUUUGCCCCUCCUCCGCGUGAGAUGGCUGUGGAGCGCAUGUUUGAAGACGAUGGCUCUCUCGCGGCGGUGACGAGUCAGUGGAAGUAUUUUGAUGCGAGGAAGGAGGAACUCAUUGGGUGCUACGAGCCUGUUUUUGUUCGCAUUGACGGGGAUCGCCCCGUGGAUGUUGUGUCGCAGGAAAUCUUUGAACAAGUGGAGUCUCGAUAUGUUGCGGUGUAA